AUGUACCAAGUCCGCUCCGAGUACGACAGGGCGUACGUGUUCAGCCAGUACUCAACGACGCCACGGGGCAGCAGCAGCAGCGGUGGACCUCCGCGCCAUGAUGGCAGCACGCCAAAGUCAUCUCCAUCAACUUCCGCGAACCGCAUGGUCGACGGCCAGCCCUGCGAACUCGCAGUCGAGAUACUCGCGGACAGCGUUCUCGAAGGCGACGAGCGCCUGUCGUCCGUGGCCCGCAUGAGCUACACACAAUCUUUCCUCGGGUAUGACGAGUCAACGACUGGUCGCGAUCUGCACGAGUGCUCAGCCCAACCGGCGCCAUCUUCGACUUUCACACCCCCGCCUCCGCCGCCGAUCUCUUCUACAGCCGCUUCGCCAUUGAAGUCGCCACCCCCUUCGUUCCCUUCCAUGGCCACCGGAUUGAGCCGUACAUCCAGUGGCAACAAGCUGAAGAGCAGCCAUUCGUCCACGGCAUCGACGCCGUUGCCGGCGGACCAUCGCGCGCGGAGCAUGAGCAGCUCCACGAUCCUCCAGCGUGGCUCUUCCAAGCCCAAAGUCGUGGGCCUCAAGGGCCUAUACGAACCUGCAUUGACUUUGCAUUGGGAAGGGUACCUCAUGAAGCGCAGCGACUGGCUCAAGCACUGGGAAACGUACUACUUUGUGUUACACGGUCGUGUGCUGUGCUGCUACAUGAGCGAGGACAACGCGCGGGUACAUCCCGAGAACUCGCGCAUCAAGGACGGCCGGUUUACGUUUAGCGACAAGGUCGUGCUCGACAAAGUCAUCGAUAUCCGCACGCACUUUGACAUGCCGUCGUCAUAUUCGUCCCAGUCGGCCUCGUCCAGUUCGUCAAGUGCCGCCGCCGCGCUCUCGAUCGGCGGCGGCGGCGCAUCGUCGUCCCCCGCCACGCCCUCCAAGAAGCACGUGCCGUUUCGAUUUGUGUUUGAAACCCAAAACUCCAAAAAACUGCACUUUCGAGCCAAAUCUGAAGCGUCCAAGCAAUUGUGGAUGCAUAUGGCCACGCACGGUAUAUGGGAAAUAUUUGGGGACGUGGUGGCGUCGUCGGUGGUGUUCAAGCCCCAGGGUUUCAGCAUGAACUUGACGCUGCCGUCGCACUCGGAGCGCGUGCGCGAGUCGUUUGUUGGCGGGUACAUCGUCGCGAUCAAGUUCAAGCACCUCACGGGCAUCCGGACGGACCCUCACGAAAGGUACUUUGUCCGGUGCGCUUUUGAGAGUACCUCGGCGGGAGGUCGUGAGCAGCAGCCGACGCAGGCCCAGAGCAAAGUGAUGGUCGCUACGUCGGCCACGGACGGCGACGUGUGUCAUUUUGAUAUGAACCAGGAUCUAUUUUUGCAAAUGGACAGCCUGUCUCGUGAUGACAAUACACUCUUGGGAGUGCAAUUCUGCCACCUCGCCACCCACGACGUCCUGGGGCGGACGACGGUCAACUUGGCGUACUUUUUCAAUCGCGCAGGCAUGGAGUCGAGCUGGCAAACGUACACGCUGUCCAACGCCAAUGAAAGUUUCUAUGGCAAAAUGAUGCUUUCGGUGCAUAUUUCUCCGCUGGGCGAAGGCGCGGCGAGCUUAUCGUCUGUCAUACCGAGUACCCCCGGCGUCAAGCGGUACCCGUGGCUGCACUCAACCACCCGCCACAGCCUCACCAACCGCCACCUCUUUAGCUCGUUUGUUGGCGACGACGUUGAACAAAGCUUUGUGGACCGGCCGUCGUUAAUCCAGGGUCCGGCGGCGGCGUCGGCAGUUGAUCCGACGACGACCGCGUCUGCGCCAUCAUUGCACCAGUUUAUCAUCGGCGACUCCACGUUUACCGUGUCGGAUCGGUAUCGCAUGGUCAAAGUUGUGGGCAAGGGCACGUACGGCGUCGUGAUCGCCGCAAGCGACUGCCUCAACGGCGGCACGUACGCCAUCAAGAAGAUCGCGCAGUUCAUGCGGCAUCCCAAGGUGGCGAUGCUUGCGUUCAGGGAGAUUCAGCUCAUGAACAAGUUGGGUGCACACCCAUGCAUCAUGGGUGUGCACGAACUGCAGCGACCGCUGUCGUUUUCCACGUUUGACGAUUUGUACAUUGUGCAGUCGUUGAUGGAAACGGACCUGUGUCGUGUAAUUCACUCAAAGGAACACCUGAGUGAUGAGCAUAUCCAGCACUUUAUGUACCAAAUUCUAUGUGGCAUCCAGUACAUCCACAGCGCCAACGUGCUCCACCGCGACCUCAAGCCAUCUAAUAUCCUCGUCAACUCAGACUGCUCCAUCAAAAUAUGUGACUUUGGCCUCGCCAGGUUUGCCACGGACCAAGACUUGGCCGAAGGCUUGUCGGAAUACGUCGCUCACAAGAAGCACCGGGUGAACCAGGAGGUUCUGCCGAAUACGCCGCUGUCGUCCGUCCGGCCCAAGACGGAUCACAUCUUGUGCCGCCUCUUCUCUAUCCUCCAGCCGGACGUGGUCCUCCGCUCCAACUACCUCCCCAUGGUGCCGUUCGAAGGCACGUACAGGGAAUUCACAGGCAUUUUGGAGUACUUUACGAAUGUGGCGAAAGCAGUCAAGUUUAAAUCUUUCCAUGUGGACGGUAUGAGCUGCGAAGGCCACAGUGGGAAGCGCAUUGUGGUCGUGUCGGGAAAAGAGACGAUGCAGGUGCGCGCGUCCAACGCUACCUUUAUGCAGCACUGGGUGCACAAACUGCACUUCAAAGACGACGGCCGUAUCUCCAGAUGGGAAAUAUUUGGGGACGUGGUGGCGUCGUCGGUGGUGUUCAAGCCCCAGGGUUUCAGCAUGAACUUGACGCUGCCGUCGCACUCGGAGCGCGUGCGCGAGUCGUUUGUUGGCGGGUACAUCGUCGCGAUCAAGUUCAAGCACCUCACGGGCAUCCGGACGGACCCUCACGAAAGGUACUUUGUCCGGUGCGCUUUUGAGAGUACCUCGGCGGGAGGUCGUGAGCAGCAGCCGACGCAGGCCCAGAGCAAAGUGAUGGUCGCUACGUCGGCCACGGACGGCGACGUGUGUCAUUUUGAUAUGAACCAGGAUCUAUUUUUGCAAAUGGACAGCCUGUCUCGUGAUGACAAUACACUCUUGGGAGUGCAAUUCUGCCACCUCGCCACCCACGACGUCCUGGGGCGGACGACGGUCAACUUGGCGUACUUUUUCAAUCGCGCAGGCAUGGAGUCGAGCUGGCAAACGUACACGCUGUCCAACGCCAAUGAAAGUUUCUAUGGCAAAAUGAUGCUUUCGGUGCAUAUUUCUCCGCUGGGCGAAGGCGCGGCGAGCUUAUCGUCUGUCAUACCGAGUACCCCCGGCGUCAAGCGGUACCCGUGGCUGCACUCAACCACCCGCCACAGCCUCACCAACCGCCACCUCUUUAGCUCGUUUGUUGGCGACGACGUUGAACAAAGUACGUACUACUAG